GGAAUUGGCAGUUGCAAAAAAAAAAAAAAAUUAAAAAAAUUAAAAUAAAAAACAGUUGAGAGUGGAAAGUAGAAAGAAAGAAUGUCGAACGCCGUGGCGAAUGGGCUGGCAGGAGCUGGAGGUGGCAUGAUUGCCCAGAUUAUCACUUAUCCCCUCCAAACAGUCAAUACGCGCCAACAAACCGAGAGAGUUGCCAAGAAAUCCUUAGCUAACUCCAAACGCCUUGGGACUCUUGUUCAAAUCCUCCAGGUUAUACGAAGCGACGGUUGGGGAGGACUAUACAGCGGCCUUAAGCCUUCUCUGCUUGGGACUGCCGCUUCACAGGGCAUCUAUUACUAUUUUUAUCAGGUUUUCAAAAACAAGGCUGAGGCCAUUGCAGUUGCCCGGAAAGCAAAAGGACAUGGGGAUGGUACUGUUGGGAUGUUUUCUUGGCUUCUUGUGGCAGCUUUAGCUGGUUCCCUGAACGUGUUGCUGACAAAUCCUAUAUGGGUUCUUGUGACUCGUAUGCAGACACAUACGCAAGCUGAGAGAAAAAUUAUGGAGGAAAGAAAGGAAGCACUCUUAAAGGAAGCUUCUGAAAACUGUUUGACAGGUUCAGAAUUGCAAGUUAAAUUGGCUGAACUUGAUUCAAUAAAACCUCAUCCCUAUGGAACUUGGCAAGCGGUAAACGAGGUUUAUUCUGAAGCCAAGAUUACUGGAUUUUGGAAAGGGAUUGUCCCAACGCUUAUAAUGGUUUGCAACCCAGCAAUACAGUUCAUGAUUUAUGAGAGCUCCUUGAAGCAUCUUAGGGCAAAACGUGCUGACAGAAAGCAGGGAUCAAAAAAUAUAACUGCUUUGGAGGUCUUCUUGUUAGGGGCCUUGGCAAAACUAGGCGCAACUAUCUCAACCUAUCCGUUGUUAGUUGUCAAGUCAAGGCUGCAAGCAAAGCAGGAGAUUGGCGGGAAUAUUUCACUAAGAUACUCAGGUACUGUUGAUGCUAUAAGGAAGAUGAUCCAGUAUGAAGGAUUGCCUGGGUUUUACAAAGGGAUGAGCACAAAGAUAGCACAGAGUGUUUUUGCGGCUUCUGUACUUUUUAUGGUUAAGGAGGAACUCCUCAAGAUUUAUACGUUGCUGGCGGAUAAGUGCAAUAAAGUUCUGCUUAGUUCAGCAAAAUAAUUACUUCAGUGUAAGAUGAAAGUGUCCUUGAUCAAAAUCUGCAUUAUUUUUAAACUGAUGUGCAAUUCAUUACUUUUCAACACACACACACACACACACGUGUAUGCAUAUUGCCAUACCCAUUCUGGGAAACCCCAUGGGUCAAAGGUUCAGAAUGUGAUGCUUAUUUCAUCUGAUCAUAAUAGAACAAUGGGAAGUAAUUGUGGGCAUUCUGAUAUUAGUGAUAUCUGAUUUCAUGAA